AUGCUGUAUUCAUAUGACGUGCUUGAAACUCAAUACGGCUCUGAUAUUCAUCCUGGUGGUCACUGGUUUCCAUCAAGAUGUCAAGCUGAGCAACGCAUUGCCAUUAUUAUUUGUUAUCGAAAUCGUGAGCAACAUUUUAAAAUGCUUCUCGGCAAUCUACAUCCAUUUCUUCAACAGCAACAACUCGAUUACACGAUAUUUCUUGUGAAUCAACAUGGGCAAGAAUCGUUUAAUCGAGGAGAACUAUUCAAUAUAGGCUUUAUUGAAGCACAAAAGUAUUAUCCAUUUACUUGCUUCAUCUUUCAUGAUGUUGACUUGUUACCAGAAGAUAUAAGAAAUAUUUACACGUGUACCGAUCAACCUCGCCAUAUGUCUUCAGCGAUGGAUAAAUUUGAUUACAAACUAAUCUAUCCGAAAUUCUUCGGUGGUGUUACAGCUUUUAGCACUGAUGAUUUUCUUGGCACGAAUGGCUAUUCGAAUGUUUAUUGGGGUUGGGGUGGUGAAGACGAUGAUAUGUAUUCGCGUGUUGUUUACAAAUUGAAAAAAUCAAUAAUAAGAUAUCCUAUUGAAAUUGCUCGAUACAAAAUGAUCCUUUCAAAUAAGCACAUAUCGGCUCCAGUGAAUCCUCAUCGAUUCGAAAUACUUCAUUCACAAUACGACUUUGGACUUGAUGUUCGAGUCCACGCUGAAAUGUGUCAUGGAAUGGCUCAAUAUGGUCGUUGUUCAACUAAUAGUCAGUGUGGCUGUCUGCAUAGGUCUACUACUAAUUGCAGUGGCAUUUGUGGUAGUCUACGGUUAACUUGUUCUCAACUGGUUUCCUGUGAGCCUUCGACUAAUGCUUGUUAUCAACCUGAUCAUGUCUGUGUUAAUCAUCCUCGAUGUAAUGUUCGUCCAGUUUGCUAUCCAUUGUCGAUGACAGAUGAACGACUCUGUCCCGUGAGACCUAAACCUGGUGAUGGUAUUUGUGCAGAUGCAACAUGGGCUCGAAUGGGUACUACAGUCGCUGGUGGUAAUAGUGUUGGAGAUGGGCUCAACCAAUUGGAUCAACCUUUUGGACUUUUUGUUGACGAAAAUCAAACUGUUUAUGUUGCCGAUUUUGCAAACCAUCGUAUUGUCAAAUGGAUUCGUGAUGCGACUAGUGGGCAGUUAGUUGCCGGUGGAAAUGGAGCAGACGAUCAUAGUAAUCAACUGUAUUAUCCGUUUGAUGUUGUCGUUGAACAAGAUGGAACUCUGUACAUAAGUGACAGUUAUAAUUUUCGCGUUCAAAAAUGGUUUCGAGACGCUCAAAGUGGACAAACAGUUAUAAAAAAUAUUUCUGUUCAUGAUAUAGCACAAGAUGAUCAAGGAACACUAUGUAUCCGUUCCAGAAAGGGCCGAAAUCGAAAUCGAGAGAUCUAUGUGGCCGACAAUGCCAAUCAUCGAGUGCUAAGACUAAAUUUCGAAACAAAGAAAAUAUUGAUUGCUGCUGGUGGUUCUCAUGGCAACGGUGCAGAUCAAUUGGCAUUUCCCAAUGGUGUUAUUGUCGAUCAGUUGGGCACUGUUUAUGUGGCUGAUACUGAUAAUCGACGAAUAAUACGAUGGCCGCGUGGUGCUACAACAGGCAGUAUCAUUGCUGGUGGUCAUGGUCCAGAUUCCGAGCCUGAUCAACUUGAUAAUCCCACUAAUUUAUCCUUCGAUAUUGAAGAAAAUCUUUACGUAGUUGAUCCUAGUAAUCAUCGUGUGCAAAAAUUUGCAAUUGAUAAGAGCAUGUGUUGA